AAAAUGACUGAGUGAGAUUCCAGCGUAGUUGCGUUUUGAUCGUCUUUUGGAGUUAAUCAUCUUAAUAGAAGCAUAAUGACCGGUCGUGGCAAAGGAGGAAAAGGUCUCGGUAAAGGAGGCGCUAAGCGUCACCGCAAGGUGUUACGCGAUAACAUCCAAGGAAUUACCAAACCAGCCAUUCGUCGUCUGGCUCGUCGUGGUGGUGUAAAACGAAUUUCCGGAUUGAUUUAUGAAGAAACACGCGGUGUUUUGAAGGUGUUCCUGGAAAACGUUAUUCGUGAUGCUGUUACUUACACUGAACACGCUAAACGAAAGACUGUCACAGCAAUGGAUGUCGUAUACGCUUUGAAGCGUCAAGGGCGUACUUUGUACGGUUUUGGAGGUUAAAAAUAAGCUUAUAAAUUACAAAAAAAGGCCCUUUUAAGGGCCACGACAUAUAUUUAUAAAGAAUUAUUUGGAAUCUAGUCGAUGCAAGAAGUACAAAUAAUAUUGUUUUCAGUUGGUAUAAGCAAAGCUGCUCGAGCAAUAUUGUGAUGAUAAGCCGCCAUUUUUUUAUUUAGUGAUUCUCCAAACGUUGAUAGUCUACAGUAACGAUGGAAAAAAUACAUUCAUUGGAAUUCAACAAACUUCGUAUUAUUAUGACGCCCUAAUAAAGCAUAGGUCGAUUUCAAUCAUUCUGUAGCCAAAACUAAAACGAAACGUUUCAGAACGAAUCGGGGAUGCUUUCCGAUAACAGCCAUAGUUUAUUGUUUUAUGCGCAUCAGAGAUGCCAGAUAAAAGUUUCAAAUAUCUUCAGACAAAGUUGCAAAAUUGGUAAACCGAAAAAAAACCUGCAGUCAGCAAGUAUGUCUUGCUGGCAGCAAUUUCUUUAUAAAAUAUGAUACACUAAACUGAGUUGGUAAGCAAGAAAACAAACGCGGCCAUUUCAAAAGUUUGUAAAUUUUGACGAGUCUGCGAAAAAUUCGAUUUUCAAAAGUCUGCACAACAAAAAAUGUCCGCAGUACUAGAGUGACUAUAAUCAGAGUGGCGACAGCUGUUCGUUUGGAAUGACAGCUCCCAGUUCCAAACGAGCAAACGACCUGUCAAUUCAAUGUAAAGCUAAUGGAAUGUUUGGAAUUGUUGCCAAAAUUACGGAUGAGAUGUCGUCACUCUGGUUAUAGGCACUCUACGCAGUACAGAUAAGUCUGCAGAUCUGGCAUCUCUGAUGCAUACUGACCAGGGUUGCCACAUAUACAUAUUAAUUUGUAUUCUCAGAUAAAUUUGUGACUAUCUGUAUAUACAUAGAGUGACUAUAUUCAGAGUGGCGACAGCUGUUCGUUUGGAAUGACAGCUAUUAGUUCCAAACGAGCAAACGACCUGUCAAUUCAAUGUAAAGCUAAUGGAAUGUUUUUAAUUGUUGCCAGCAUUACGGAUGAGAUGUCGUCACUCUGGUUAUAGGCACUCUAUAUAUACAGAUUACAGAUUUUUUGCCAGAAGCCAGUAGCGUACCUGAAUAAUGGUAGUAAAAUCAAAUGCCAGGUAUACCGAUUUCGCGGUAUUUAUACAGAUUUUUGACCUCUAUACCGCAAUACAAGUAAUGUAAUAAUAUGUACUCCCAAAAUACCGAUAAUUCAC